AUGUCAACUUCAACCAACCAGACCAACUUCAUUGAAACCCUGGCAGACGAGAUCGUAUUAGUGAUUGUCGAAUGGAUCGAUCUUGACAUCAAGGAUUGGCGCAAAAAGAAGAAUCCUCCAUGUCAUAUCACGGAACGCGCAGCUCAAGCUAUCCUCAAUCUUAGUCAAUGUUCACGUCACAUCAACAGUCUCGUUCAGCCAUUUCUCUAUCGGAGUUUUGUGGAUAAUGACGGCACUCGCCUUGUGAAGCUGAUGUUCAGAAUAUUAGCGGUCCCAUGUCGGCACACUAUGUCAAGUAAUUUUGCUGUCAUUACAACCGAUGCGGUCGUCUAGUCAUGCGGCUGUCACUCCAAAUGACUUGGAACGUCUGGAAAAUGUGGUUUCAAAAGCCGCAUCGUCUCCGGGAGAUACUUUGCAAUGGACGCCGCGCAUUCAAGCCGGCUAUUGGGAUGUCUACGUAGGGCUAAUUCUUUCUCGACUGUUGAAUCUAGAGAAACUCGAGAUCUCAGUUGAAAACAAGGGCAGUGUAACUAUGGAUUGGGUUACUAAGGUCUUCGAAAGAGCAAUCUCCGUUCAGGGUAACCAGAAAGCAAUGUCCUCCUCGCAACCCUUUUCCAAGCUUCGGAGUGUAAGUUUGGUCUGUCCUCCUGGCGGGCGUGCCUCUUUCUCUCUACAGAGUAUUGUCCCAUUUCUCAACGUCCCCUCGCUGCGUACUUUCAAGGCAGACAAUCUACAACAAUUCGUCGAGUUUGAUUGGGAGAAAUGUACAGCUGGCCUUUCUAUAUCUAAGUUGAAAUUAAGCGAUAUUAGGCCUUCCCUGUUUGUUCACCUCCUGCGCCAGGUUAGAGCUUUCAAACAGCUUACGGUGCUCACCUACCAAGGAGGCAUCCAACAGGACACAGAGAACUUCAUGCAAGGCUUACGGUAUCAGCGAGCUACACUCGAAACACUGGAUCUCAAAGAACCGUGGAAGCUUCUGAUAUUGCCGUUCUUAAGAUGUCCAAAUUAA